AUGUAUAGGGUAGCAAGCGCGUCGGAGUAUUUGGUGAUCACCGGAUCCGGGAUCGACGACAUCAAAAUCGCAAAAAAAGCAUGGGUAUUUCCCGGCCAGACCUAUGCCAAGUUCGACAUAACUCCGGUGAACUACAGUUUCGAUGUCCAGGCCAUGAGCGCCGAAAAACUCCCCUUCAUCCUCCCGGCCGUUUUCACCAUCGGUCCACGUUCCGACGACAAUGAAAGCCUCCACAAAUACGCCAAGCUUAUCUCCCCGCUUGAUAAGCAAUCACACCAUUUGAACGAGCUCGUUAUGGGGAUCAUCGAGGGGGAGACCCGUGUCCUUGCUGCCUCCAUGACCAUGGAUGAGAUUUUCAAAGGUACGAAGGAUUUCAAGAAGGAGGUGUUUGAGAAGGUUCAGUGGGAAUUAAAUCAGUUUGGAUUGUGGAUCUACAAUGCCAAUGUCAAACAGUUGGUUGAUGUUCCUGGACAUGAAUAUUUCUCUUAUUUAGGGCAAAAGAUACAACAGGAAGCUGCCAAUCAAGCCAAGAUCGAUGUUUCUGAAGCCAAAAUGAAGGGUGAGAUAGGAGCGAAGCUUCGUGAUGGGCAGACUCUGCAGAACGCAGCAAAGAUAGACGCGGAAACGAAGAUCAUAGCUACACAAAGGCAAGGUCAGGGGAAGAAGGAGGAGGUGAAGGUGUUGACAGAAGUGAAGGUGUUUGAGAACCAGAAAGAAGCUGAAGUGGCUGAAGCGAAUGCAGAGCUUGCAAUGAAGAAGGCAAAGUGGGCCAAGGAAUCUCAGGUGGCAGAGGUGGAGGCGAAUAAGGCGGUGGCGCUGCGUGAGGCGGAGCUGCAGAAGGAGGUUGAGAUACUGAACGCUUUAACUCGGACUGAGAAACUCAAAGCUGAGUUCUUGAGCAAAGCUAGCGUUGAGUAUGAAACCAAGGUACAAGAAGCGAACUGGGAGCUCUACAAGAAGAAAAAAGCCGCAGAAGCAAUUCUCUACGAGAAGGAGAAAGAAGCGGACGCUCAGAAGGCGAUAGCGGAGGCGACACUCUACUCCCGCCAACAAGUCGCCGACGGUGAGUUAUAUGCAAAACAGAAGGAGGCGGAGGGACUUGUUGCUCUUGCUCAAGCUCAAGGUACUUACAUACGCACACUUUUGGGUGCCUUCGGAGGUAACUAUGCAGCUUUAAGAGAUUAUUUAAUGAUCACCGGAGGAAUGUAUCAAGAGAUUGCGAAGAUUAAUGGGGAGGCAGUUAAGGGUUUGCAGCCAAAGAUUAGCAUCUGGACCGGCGCAAGUGGUGGUGGAGAGGGCGGCGAUGGUGGUCUCUUGAAGGAAGUUGCCGGUGUGUACAAAAUGUUGCCGCCAUUGUUUGAGACUGUUCAUGAGCAAACCGGGAUGUUGCCACCAACUUGGAUGGGGAAGAUGAACGUCAAAGAAUCUUAA